AUGUAUUGCUUCAAACUUGUGGUGUUUUGUGCGACAAUCACUUAUUGCUCCUCAUUUACCAUCACUCCAACCAAAUAUCCACCUAUUAGUCCAUCUGUGAAGUCACUCAUAGCUACCGUUCCCACAGUUUUGAGUCAAUGGAAAAAUGAUUUCAUUAACGACAAGGUGUAUGAAAUCAUAUCAUUUGUGGGCAAAGUUGGAGUAUUGAUCUAUUCAUGCCUAUCAAUCACACUGUUAUGCGAUUCAUAUUUUGUGCCGUCCCUUGAAUUC